AUGACGCCAAGGAAGCGCAAGGCCAGCACCGAUGACGUCGCCGCGGCCCCGCUCCAAGUGCAUCGCUGCCGCUUUGUGGACUGGAUGCCAGCAGCUAUACACGUGCUGUGUUUCAACGCUGCAGGAGACCAAUUGGCUGUAGCUCGUGCUAAUGGCGACAUCGAGCUCUGGAGUGUGGACCUCAAGUGGCACCUCAAAUUUGUGAUCCCUGGCUCAAUGCACAGUGAUGUAUCAGCUCUGUGUUGGGAUCCCACGAGCGGCCGUCUCUUUGCGUCAUCUCUGGACGGGACGCUGUGGGAAGUGGACUUUCACUUGUUGUGUAAGAAGAACGUGACGGACUCAAACGGGGGACCUAUUUGGAGUAUGGUAAUGGACGCAGAUACGCAGCAGUUGGCUGUUGGCUGUGAGGAUGGGCGCAUUCGGCUCUUUUCGUACUCGAAUACCCACCAGGUCAACUUUUGCAAGAGCUUUCUCACUACGGGUGGACGUGUUGUCUCAUUAGCUUGGCACGCCAAGGCGCGAAAGAUCUUCUCAGGUAGUGAAAGUGGCAUUAUCUACUGUUGGAACGCAGUCACAGGUCGCAGCGAGUCGCGAAUCACGCUGGAACAUCUGGACAAACAAAAGACAGUUGUCUGGUCCUUGGUUGUGCUGGAUGACUUGACUCUUGUAAGCGGAGACUCUGCGGGCAACCUGAGUUUUUGGAACGCCCCGACCGGUACCUUGCUGCAAAAGCUAUCGCACUUGACCGCGGACAUUCUGGCAAUAUGUGUCAGUCGGAACAACGAUUUACUCUAUGCGUCCGGCGUAGACAAUCAGGUCGUUGAGUUUCGGCGUUCUGUUGCUGAAAGUGGGACUAGUUCUUGGGCGUACUCGUACAGCCACCGGGGACACAGUCAUGACGUGCGUGCGCUGGCGCUGUCUCCUGCCACUAGGUCGGUCUUGGUUUCUGGUGGAAUCGACACUCAGUUGGUGUGGUACCUUAGCGGUAGGUUCAGCUCGAUUCGACCGACCAAAAUUGCGUCGAUGCCGCAUCCGCAUUCAAUCGCGCUUGCACCCGAAAAGCGCGUGUUGCUUGUUCAGAAGGCGACUUCUUUGGAUUUGUGGCAACUUGCCGCAGAGUCGGCAGCCAGUGGACUGAAAGCGCAGAAACACAAGCUACUGCUGCAGUUGAACAUGAGCAAUGUGUUGAACUUGUCGUGCUCGGCCAUGGCCUCGAGCGCCAAAUAUGUGGCGUGCUCGAACUCAAAAGAGCUGAAGCUGUUUGAGUUGGCAGCUGAACGUGAUUAUCAGCCAAAGAAGGUUGCUUCGUUGCCGCGUCUUGCGAUGGAACCGGCGCGCGUAUUGGCUUUUUCGCCUGAUUCAACCCGCCUCGUAAUUGCAUCGUCGUCGCACCAGAUCCUGGUGCUAGACUUGACCAAGAUGGAGAUUUUGAAGACUUUUCAGGCUGCAACCGCGACAGAUACAGGCGAGGAAGGUAGUGAUAUGUCAUCUCCGCUUGUCUCGCUGACGAUAUCAUCAGAUGGACAGUGGCUUGCCAGCGGGGACGCCUCGAACAACAUUUCCAUAUACAACUUGGACUCGAUGCAGUUUUAUUGUCAGCUGCCGCGGCCCAGCGAGAUACACACCAACAUGGGUUUCAACCCGUCCGGUAAGAUUUUGGUUGUGACACUUGUGUCCAACAGCUUUGUGUGCUACGACGUGGAGACCAAGGGUCUUUCGAAGUGGUACCGGCAGAACCACAAACAGUUUCCGAAGGAGCUUAUGGAUGGCCGCAACAUCAAGGGCAUGACGUUUGAUCCCGCCGAUCCGGACUUCUUGUACCUUUACUCACAAACGAGUCUCUACCAGAUCAACAUGGGCAAGCACGCGGAUCAGUCCGCCAAGAGUGUGUCGAGGAAGUCCCGCCGCCGUGCCAUGAGCGUCACCGAGUCUGACGGCAAGAGUGAUGCCACGGAAGGCGAAUUAGUGGAGCUCGAAGACGGGUUUUGCCGUGUCGUCAACCGCUAUCGUCCGCUUUCGUUUAUCGAUUUUGUUGCGGAGAAUGAGAUGAUCAUCGUAGAGACGCCGUGGCUGAAGGUGCUGAGUCGCUUACCCGGCGCCCUCCAUCGUCACAAGUACGGCAAGUAA